AUGACCGAGGUACGGGAACGCGUCCGCCAAAGUCCGGCUUAUGAGCCAACACGUACCGCCCAAGCCUACAUCAUGGAGACCAAGACAGCUGAAAGCAGCGGAAAUUCCGUCAUCUUCUCCCUCAAGGAGGAGGUCGGUGCUCUCGCAAAAGCCCUGCACAUAUUCAAGGAGAACGGAGUCAACUUGGUGCACAUCGAGUCGAGGUCAUCGGCGCGCUUCAAGGACGGCUACGAGUUCAUCGUGAACUUCACUCCUACCGACGAGAGAGUGCACAAGGCUCUGGAGCAGAUCAAAAACAUGUCCCAGUACAUGCAGGUCAUCUCCAGGGACUUGCCGCCCAAGUCAGACGACGCUGUGCCCUGGUUCCCGAGGAGAAUCAAGGACCUAGACAUUUUUGCCAACCACAUUCUCAGCUACGGAUCUGAACUCGACUCGGAUCACCCGGGAUUCACGGACGAGACGUACCGAAAACGACGCAAGUACUUCGCCGACAUCGCCUACUCGUACAAACAUGGACAGCCCAUACCAAGAGUGGAAUACACGGAAGAGGAAACAAAAACAUGGGGUGUCGUGUUCCGGGAGCUAACUAAACUGUACAAGACCCACGCCUGCCGCGAGCACAACCACAUAUUCCCGCUACUCAUCGAGAACUGCGGCUACCGGGAAGACAACGUUCCACAACUCGAAGACGUGUCCAACUUCCUCAAAGACUGCACAGGCUUUACGCUGAGGCCUGUAGCAGGGCUCCUCUCCUCAAGAGACUUCCUGGCUGGCUUGGCCUUCCGCGUGUUUCACUCCACACAGUACAUCCGCCAUCCCUCUCAGCCACUUUAUACUCCUGAACCGGACAUCUGCCACGAGCUCCUGGGCCACGCACCGCUUUUCGCAGACCCAAGCUUCGCGAGGUUCUCCCAGGAGAUUGGCCUCGCGUCCCUGGGUGCCCCGGAUGACUACAUCGAAAAGCUGGCAACAUGCUACUGGUUCACAGUAGAGUUCGGCAUCUGCAAACAAGAAGGGCAGCUUAAGGCCUACGGCGCCGGCCUGCUCUCAUCGUUCGGUGAACUCGAGUACUGUCUCAGCGGAAAGCCAGAAAUGAAGCCUUUCGACCCAGCGGUGACCGGUGAGCAAAAGUACCCUAUAACCCAGUACCAGCCAAUCUACUACGUGGCGCAAAGCUUCCAGAACGCCCAGCAGAAAGUCAGGGAGUACGCUCUCUCGAUCCCGAGGCCGUUCACGGUCCGCUACAACCCCUACACCCAGAGCGUCGAGAUCGUCGACACAAACAUCCAAGUUCAAAACCUUGCCUCUGACAUUCAGUCCGAAAUGACCCUCCUGGCUGAUGCCUUGAAGAAAAUCUGAGGCGCAUAAGCGGAAGACACAGGCAUUCAUCGAAGAAAAAGCCGGAAGGCACGACCAUCUUAACCCAGAGGCGAACGCGGAAAGCUUCUCAGUUCGCGAGAGAUGAUACUUCCGCAUUGUAUAUCACUGCUCACAAAUAAAUCUAUUUUAUCUCCAUUUAA